AUGGGCGACGCCCUGGAGCGUCUCUAUGACCAAAAUCUCGGGCUUCAAACCCGUCUCCCCAUGAGUGAAACCCUUAAUCAGAUCUCCAAACUACGCUGGGAACUCGCCCAGUGGCAGGAUAAUCUCCCACCCCCUCUACAAAUAAUCACCUCCCAGGAGGCGGUGGAUGACGUCCCUUUGACAGCUGGAACCAUGAGACUCCGCGUCCUACUUUCUCUCCGCUUCCUCGGUGCGAGAAUACUUAUUCUACGUCCAGUCCUGAGUCAAUUCCUCGAUCUGCCGGGUAUGACAGCCUCAAACGAACACCAGGCGGAGUGGCUGCGGAACUCGGGUGCUGUUUUGCUGGCGGAUUUGGUCCGCACGUGUGGUGAUAUCCUGCAAAUCACUUUCAACUCAUCCCUGGCUGUCUUGGGAAUUCUUCUGAUAAAAAGAAUACCCGCAUACUCCGGACAAUUAUCUACCUUUUCCGUGUCUGAACUGCGAGGUCUGCUUGAGACAGCUGUGGAGACCCUAGGUGGGUUGAAUAAGGGCAGUGAAACCGUCAUGCGCUGUCGAGAUACUUUGACGUGGCUUAUCACUACAUUUGAUUUUGAUGCGAAUGUAGCCGGAUUCGCACCAGCAUCAUUUUCACUGUCGCCAUCCAGCGCGUGGGCUUGGCAACUGGUUAAUCCGGGCUUGUUCAGCUCGGAGGUAUCGCUAAGUCUUGCUCCAGGGACAUUUGAUGUUCUGUCUGGCUCUCAGUUUCCAAUGCCGACAAAUAUUGGAGUGCGCCCAGAGCACGACAUCUUUCAUUUCCCUGGAUGA